AUGGCCUUUCUCUUCGGCGGCAGAGGCCGCCAGAAGGCGCCUGCCGAGAUCGUGAAGUCGCUGAAGGAUUUACUGUCAAAGUUACAAGAGCCGGUCACUAGUCCAAAAGUGGAAGAAGAGGCAGCGAAGCAUAUGGCGCAGAUGAAGUUGAUCGUACAGGGAACGCCAGAAAUGGACAGCAGCCCUGAACAAGUCCACCAGCUCGUCAACUGCAUCAUACAAGAAGAUAUCCUGUUCGAACUUGCACGAAGCAUACGAUUACUGCCUUUCGAGGCACGCAAGGACGCACAGAUCAUAUUCUCUCACAUUCUACGCUUCAAGCCUCCACCGAACACGCCCAACGAGACCACGGCGAUCAACUACCUUGUCAUGACCAGACCUGAGAUUAUUGUCGAGUUAUGUCGAGGUUACGAUGAUGCAAAGAGCGCAAUGCCAUGCGGCACGAUCUUACGACAGGCGUUACAGCACGACACAGUUGCAGCGGUUAUCUUGUAUGAUGAUAGCUGCCCCGGGGAGAAGGCAGUCCAGCUGAACACGGUGGACGUCUCUCGAAAACAAUCCGGCAAGGGUGUCUUUUGGAGGUUCUUCGAAUGGAUCAAUAAGAGCAGUUUCGAAGUCAGCGCCGACGCCUUCACUACGUUCCGAGAUCUUCUUACGAAGCACAAGCCCCUCACCUCGCAGUAUUUGACAACGAAUUACGAUCUCUUCUUCGGCACGUACUUCAACCCGACCCUCCUCCUUUCCACUUCCUACGUUACGAAGCGACAGUCGAUCAAACUGUUAGGUGAACUCCUUCUGGAUCGUGCCAACUACGUCGUCAUGACUACAUAUGUUGCUAGCGGCGACAAUCUGAAACUCACCAUGAAUCUCCUCAAGGACGACCGCAAGAUGGUGCAAUAUGAAGCAUUCCAUGUCUUCAAAGUCUUCGUUGCGAACCCCAACAAGAGUGAUGAGGUCAAGCGCAUUCUCAUCAAGAACAAAGGCCGGCUGCUGAGAUUCCUUCCCACCUUCCUGGAAGGCAGAACCGAUGAUGACCAGUUCCUAGACGAGAAGAGCUUCUUGUUAAGGCAGAUUGAGCUACUGCCGGACGAAGCUGAGAUGGCAGCUGGUGGAUCGCAGAGCGUGCAAGUCGGUGCUUAA